AUGGCGAGUAGUCGUGCGGGUGGUAGUGGCGGAGGCGCUAGUGAUAGUGAUGGCUUUAGUGAUGAUGAAUUCGAUCUCGCCGUGCAAGCGGCGAUUGAUCGACGGAUCCGGCAGAGGCAGCAGCGGCGGCAGCAGGCGGCGGCGGCCGUGCCUCGGCCAAUCCAUCGCCGACGGCAUGUACCCCGGGACCACAUUGCUGCACAUCACCGGUUGUAUGCGGACUACUUUGCUCCAGAGCCGCGUUUUGGGGAUGCCUUAUUCCGCCGACGUUUUCGGAUGCAUCGUCCUCUGUUUAUGCAUAUCGUUGGUGCAUUAGAGAGGAGGUACGAGUUUUUCAGAAUCAGGGAGGAUGCGGCUGGCAAACCCGGGCACACGCCAAUACAGAAGUGUACGGCCGCGAUCAGGCAACUGGCGUACGGAGGCCCGGCCGACAUGUUCGACGAGUACCUCCUUCAUUGGGGAGUCUUCAGCCGUCGAGUGUAUGUUGGAGUUUUGUGCGGGCGUAAGAGCGAUAUUCGGGGAUCGGUAUCUUCGGCGUCCGAGCCCCGAAGACUGCCAGCGGCUGAUUAA